GUGAGUGCCCUAACAUAUGAACAGGUGCACCUUUCUGUCUGCGGUCAUAUUUACAUUUCUCCAGAAGCUUCUCUAGACACUCCUAUUUUUGCACCUGCUGCCCUCUCCUCCCUCCCUACAGAUUCAAAUCUCUCCCUCUCCUCUGGAAUCUUAGGAGAAAAAAUGGCGACUGCGGUGCUUCCCACUGUAUGCAUGUUUGGAGGUGCUACACAAUCCCGAAUCAAAACUACCUUCGUCAAGAAUACAUCCGCAUUGGGGUCAGUAAAGAGCAAAGCAAAAGCCUUUGGCCUUUCAGCGAAGCCUAACUUCAGAGUAUCCGCCAUGGCCACAUACAAAGUGAAACUGAUUGGACCUGACAACACAGAAUUUGAAUUCGAGGCCCCUGAUGAUUCAUACAUCCUCGACUCAGCCGAGAAUGCAGGUAUCGAUCUUCCAUACUCGUGCAGAGCCGGGGCAUGCUCCACAUGUGCUGGGAAACUGGUGUCUGGCGUGGUUGACCAGUCGGAUGGCUCAUUUCUCGAUGAUAACCAAAUGAAUGAGGGAUACUUGCUGACGUGCGUUUCUUACCCGACAUCUGAUUGCGUGAUUCAUACACAUAAGGAGAGCGACCUCUACUGAGUGAGUAUUGCUUUCUUUCUGUCAUUCGAUUGCCUAAAUGAAGACUAGUUGUACACCUAUUUAAAUCUAUUCGAACUAAAUCUUGUUGGCUGGUUUUUCUCCAAUCUAUAUGGUCUUGUUCUUUGUGAUU